AAAAAAUCUCAUUGAUGUGCUAAAUAAAGUCGAUGUAGCUCUGAGGAAGAUAAUGUGUAUGUUGAAACAUGACUUUGGUGCUGAUUCUCAAAUUGGUUGUGCGAUUAUAGAUGUUCAAAAUUAUUUGGGGAUUAAAAGAAGAAGGCUCUUAAGAGAAGGUGAUGCACAACGAAUGUGUAACUAUUUUAUAAAGUGUCAAUCGGAAAGUCCAGGAUUUGUUUAUGCAAUCUAGGUGGAUGAGAACAAUUGCAUGGGGAAUUAUUUUUGGGCCGAUACCAGAUCAAGGUUGGCGUGUAAGUACUUCGGAGAUGUUGUGACAUUUGACACAACAUAUUUAACGAAUCGCUAUGGCAUGCCUUUUUUUACCUUUUACAAGAGUCAACCACCACCACCAAUCAAUUAUGUUUGGAUGUGCAUAACUUGUGAAUGAAACAGCUGAAUCUUAUGUAUGGUUAUUGUAAACUUGGGUUGAGGCAAUGUGCAGACACACGCCAUCUGUUAGUACAGAUGAUGACAAAGCCAUGGCUAAGGUAAUUGCACAGGUACUACCCCACACUACUCAUAGGUUGUGCAUGUGGCAUAUCUUGCAAAGGGUUCCCAAACAUUUUCAAUAAACACCCAUCUUUUUAAGGGGAUUUUUUUAUCAUUGCAUCCAUGACACAGUAACCAUUGAAGAGUUUGAAAUGGAAUGAGAACAUUUGGUAUGCAAAUAUGAGUUUGGGGAGAAUGAGUGGGUCAAAGAUACAUACAUUCGGCGUGAGAAAUGGAUUCCAGCUUACUUACGAAUAAGGUUUUGUGCAGGGAUGUCGACAACACAAAGGAGUGAGAGCAUGAACAAAUUUUUCAAAGAUUUUGUACAUUCUAGUAUGUUGGUUAGUGAUUUUGUUUACCAAUAUGAGAAAACAUUGGACAAAAGAUAUCAAAGCCAGAAGGAAAAAGAUGUGGAAACAAGAACCAUAAAGGCAAUUUUAAAGACAGGUUACAAAAUAGAGGCAGAGGUGGCAAAGGUUUAUACAAGAAAAAUUUUUAAAUUCUUUCAAGAGGAAUUUUUCUCAUGUCAAAAGCAGCAAGUAUCUAAAUAUCAUGAAGAAGGAGGGAGCGAGAUCUAUAAGGUGGUGCCAAAUGGGAAUGAAAGUCCAACAUAUGAGGCACAUUCUUGUCCUCUACAAAAGCAAUCGGGCCAUACAAAAACUACUUGCCCUCUACAAAAGCAAGCAUUGUAAGUAAUGAUGAUUUUAUAUUACUUGAUAUUCUAUCUUAAUGUAAUUCUAAACUCAAUUUUUUUUUUCAAUUAUGAUCAAGUCUAAUUCAGAAAAGGGGUCGCGGACAAUUCUUAUGUACCUACCUACCCUAAUUUUCAAGAGGUAUAGUGUUUUUUUCCAAGUUGUUUGAUAUAUAUGUUUUUAAGUGUGGUUGUCUUAUUUUCUUUUUUUAUUUGUAACAUAGUCUUGUUUUUUUUCUACCUUGUCCUCAUUGAGGCUUCACUGCCAACAUUUUCACAAGGAUCUACAUUUACGGUAUGAACUGAAUUUUUAUAAAAUAUGAAACACAUUUUUGUUACACUUUUUGUGAAACGUAUAAUUCUAACUCUGUUGUCUCUUACUUAUACAGAAUAUAUUUGAUGAUGCAGACCACCCAAAAUUGGAAUAGAACAUUGAGAGAAUAGAAGAAAGGAAAACCUCAUUUUGUAUGGUUUAGGAUAACUUUUCAGAUGAGAGAGUUUGAACAGUUAGAUGUUAAUUGGUUUCGGACGUGGUUGAAGCUGCUAGUUGUAUUAUCUGUAAAGCUGCAAUUUUUGUGAUCUAAUUCUCUCGUCAUUAUUCUGAGGUGGUAUAGAAUUUUGGUGAAAUUCAGUUUA